UCUGUGUAAAAUUAGACAUGGUACACACGUUACCUCCAGACUUGUCGUUAUCGGUUUAGUUUUAACAACAUAAAUAUGGAUUUGGUCAAUAAUAUGAUCGCCGAUUGGGAGAAUACCGUCAGACCUCUGGCACCUUUAAGUGUACAACAAAAAGAUUUAAUAUUGGAUAUGACUCAAGAAAUUAAACAAGUAGGACUGUUAACCCAUAAUAAACAGGCAAAGGUUGAAGAAGACAUGGAGUGUAAAAAUAGUAUUAGGAAAGAAAAAACUGAUCCUCAUAUGGUUAAUAAUAUCCGUGAGUUCAUAAAGUGGUACAUGAAAAAGGAGGAUGAAUGGUAUGAAAAAGAAGACGAUAACUUUAAAGAGUAUGUACAAUACCUUUUGGAAGAAAAAGGAGAAUGUUCAUUAUUACUUUCUCAGGUUGAUGAGUGUUUAGACCAUUUGAAACAAUUAGGAGUUGAGUAUGAAUUAGUAUCUAAUAAAACAAACUCACUUCAUCAGGUCAGCGAAGAACUCAUAUCAGAUCAAAUGAAAUUAACGGAAGUGAGAGAUGUAGUUAAAGCAAGACUGAACCAUUUCAAAUCGCUGGAGAGGAUUGUUAAAUAUUUGGACAAUACUAUGCUGAUCAUACAAAACCAUUCAAGCCUCAGGUCAAUUCUUGAUGAAAUAAAUGAUCAUAUCCAGUAUCACAAAUCACACAUGACUUAUAAAGAGAGUUACAGUUAUUUGUCACGUUAUGAGCAAUGUUUAAGGAGAUUGCUUGGCCUAAUACGCGAUUCUAUUAUUUCUGGUCUUAAAUUGGCAGCCCAGCAUGCAUCUGCAAGUAGUGCAAGCCAUUAUGCUAAAUUUCAAGUAGCAAAGACUAAUCUAAGACCUUUAAUCGCUCUCCUUGAGGAACGAGUUUCUCAUUCAAAUUUGUAUGAAACAACAUUAUCUCAAUGUCAUGAAGCUUAUGUUAGCGAACGGCAAGAAUUAAUAAGCCCUAGCGUCUUAAAAACAAUAGACGAACUUGUAGCAUCAAAUACAAUGAAAGGAGGAGUAGUUGACUUGUGUUCCUUAAUGAGAUCAGUUUGUGCUUUUCUCAUACACGUGUCGCUUGAUGAAUAUCAACUUUAUCAGCAAUUUUUCUCUAAACAAACAGACAUAUUUACAACAUACUUAGAGAGUUUGUGUGUUUGUCUUUAUGAUAAAACGAGGCCUUUGGUUAUUCACAUGAAACAUUUGGAGUCAUUGGCUGAGCUCUGUUCAAUUUUACAUUUGGAAAUGAUCCAGGAACAAGUUAACGCUAACGAAGAGGCUUUGAAAGCUUUUGGGAAUAUUGCAGAACAGCUUCUUCAAGACGUUCAAGAAAGGCUUGUUUUUAGAGCUCACAUGUACCUUAGGACAGACGUUGCCGAAUACAAACCAUCGCCAGGUGACCUGGCAUAUCCGGAAAAAUUACAUAUGAUGCAGAGCAUUGCUAACUCAUUACACGAACAGGAAUUAUCAUUAAGCAGAUCUGAAUCAAAAUCAUCUCUUACCUCUGGGAGCUCAUCUACAUCACAAGAGACGAGAUUGAACAAUCCCCUCUCAACAUUAAGUGGCAGUCCGGCGGAUUUACACGGGAUGUGGUACCCACCAGUAAGGAGAACGUUGCUUUGUCUCAGUCGACUUUAUCGGUGUGUUGAAAAGCCGACUUUUCAGGGUAUCUCUCAAGAAGCCUUGUCGCUGUGCAUGAAAAGUAUAAAAGAUGCUAGCCAACAAAUUUCUCUUAACAAGUCGCAUUUAGAUGGUGAAAUGUUUCAAAUAAAGCAUCUACUCAUUUUAAGAGAACAGAUUGCACCAUUCCAAGUUGAUUUUACUGUAAAAGAAAUGGCGCUCGACUUUUCUAAAACAAAAACCGCAGCUGCUCAACUUAUAAACAAAAGAACGAGGCUUUUUUCACUAAGUUCUAAUAAUUCGUUAUUAGAAUUUCUCCUAGAGGGUUCUCCAGAAGUAAGGGAACAAUGGUUGGAUUCCAGAAAAGAUGUAGACCGAGGCUUAAAAAGCUCAUGUGAAUCUUUUAUUUUGCACGCUACACACCAUUUAAUGCCAAAUUUCAUCAGCGUAUUAGAAAAGGCUGAGAACUGGGAUAAUAAAGAAGUUCUGUUGAAAAACACCAAAUGGGCGUCUCCUCAAGUUUUAUCUAUGCUGAUCCAGAGCACAAUAAAAAACAUCAAAUCUAAGCUCCCAGGGUUACAGUCAACGAUGCAACUGUAUUUAGCAAAUAGAGACACCGAGUUCAUCCUGUACCGUCCUAUCAAAAACAACGUGCUAGGGAAUUUUGCAAGGAUGCAACAUUUGUUGUCUACAUGUGGUUACACGAAGGAGGAGCAAUCGCAAAUAGGGUGCCCUACAUCAGAACAAGCUUAUAUAUUAGUGUCAUCCGCGUCUCUGCUUGGGCAACAGCAACAGGCUAGAAAAAUUUCAAAUGAUAAUGUUGAUGGAGGUGUUCAUAAAUGAACAGCAAUACUGUGAACUCAUUUUUUAAAAAUGUUUGUUUUUAUUUUAAAUAAAAUAAAUUUAUUUUUUAAACUUUAUUAUACUUUAAGUGCAAGGGUGACAAAUCUGUACCACCACUGUGUGAUCACUAUUAGACAACAACAAAAUUGUUUAAGUUUU